AUGGUGGAAUUUAGCAAAAAUGGUCUCUCUGGUGAUAUAUAUAUUAUGAAAAGCUGGGGUGAUACUUUAGAGAUCAUUGAUUUGAGUUCAAAUGCAUUGUCUGGAACAUUUCCAAACCUUACUUAUCAAUUUCAGAGAUUGUCUUCUAUUAAGAUCAUUUAUAAUUCUUUAAGAUGUGACCUACCUAUUGAAUUUGGGACCUAUCCAAGACUAACUAUAGUUGAUCUCAGCUCAAAUGAACUUACUGGGCCCAUUCCAAGUUCCUUGCCUUCUGAGCUAGGUAACUUAGGGAAGCUUAGGUUGCUAAAUCUGGCAAGGAAUAGCUUGUCAGGAGAGAUACCAAGUGCAAUGAGCAAGCUUAAUGGUUUAGAGUACCUUGACUUAUCCAAUAAUAAUUUCAAUGGUAAGAUCCCUGACGGGCUUCCAUUUAGUCUAAAGGAUUUCAAUGUGUCUUAUAGUGAUCUAUCAGGACAAGUUCCUAAAAAUUUGGUGCAUUUUCCAAAUACUUCAUUUCAUCCUGGAAAUAYGCUACUAAUCUUUGCAAAUAUUGUGCCUUCACAGAGCAAUAGCCCCAUGAGUUUUAAUGGUAAGGGGCAACAUCACAGUUCAAAAUCUAAUAUCAGAGUAGCAUUUAUUAUUGACUCUGUAAGUGCCACUUUGAUGAUUUCUUUUGUUUUACCGGUUUAUUAUCGUGGACAGUUCCAACAAUUUCCUAGAAAAAGUAUAAUGAAUGGCCAAACAAUGGGAAGAGAUAUUAAAUCUGGAAUAUUUACACCUACUUCCCUUUUCAAAUUCCACAAAAACAUUGAACCCUCUCCAACAUCAUUGACUUUUUCAAAUGAUCACUUGUUGACAUCAAAUGCAAGGCCAUUGUCUGGGCAGAAAGAGUUUGUGGUUGAAACUGUAGAGUUUGCUUUACCCAAGGGAAGAGAGGCAUGUCCAGAGUCCAAGAAUUACUAUUGGGGGCCCAAGGAGCAAGAAAGGCUGGUACUUGCAGAUUAUAUCAAUGGAGAUAGUCUGUCUCUUCACCUCUAUGGUUAA